AUUCACAUAAAACCAAGCAAACAAAACACAAACAAAAUAUCAGCGCCUCUUUUUUGCAUUAAAUUUCUAUCUUAAUUUCUUCAAUUUAUACAACUAGUAUACAAUGUUACACGAUGUUUUAUUGUCCUGCUUGAGCUUGAGCUGCAAAGGAAUCGGUAUUAAAGAUUUCCUGUCCUCGAAAGUAGUCGACGUAUUUCUUCAUCCUUGUGAGCGUAAGAUUUUUACGGACAUCUUAAACAUCUUGAAUUACCUGAAUGAAAUUGUGCGCUUUGCCAAAUACUUUGGAGGCGUCAGCAAUAAUAUUACUGACUUCGACGAAGCCGAAGAAUUCGCCGCGGGUUUCUAUUUGAGAAACUUUGCCAAUGGUAUUGAAAGUGCACUCGAAGAUUAUUACAAUGAAAUAACACUGCUUGAGGCGUUUAUCAUGAAAAACAAACCACACUCUCUAAUACACAUUUACAAUGUGUUGGAAAAACAAUUGCCCUGCAUACUCUUUCUACGCAAACUUAUUAAUGAUGCCAAGAUACAGAAACUCAACGGCUGCAAACUACUACAAAGUCUAUAUCAAAACUAUGAUAACGGCGAUUAUAGAAUAGAACAAAUACUUCUCAAAGUUUCCAAACCCGUAAAACUGGCAUUCUUUUCGCACUUGAGUCACUGGAUGUUGUUUGGUGUUGUUGAUGAUGAAUACGCCGAGUUCUUUAUAACAUACCGAUCGACGAAUGAGAAUGCCGUCAACAACUCAUCGCUGACCAGCAGCACUCACUUGACUUCAGUGAGUGAGGAGGAGAUAUGGCAGUAUGAGAUCAAUUUAAAUCAAUUGCCAUCAUUUGUGUCAUCUGUUUUAGCCGAAAAAGUUUUAUUUGUGGGUCAAACGGCACUCAUUUUUAAGAUGGACCGCAGCAAGCAACAGAAUUACAAGUGGAGCAUUAAAUCCCAAAGUUCAUACUGCGAUGCUAUCAGUGAGCUGUGGGAUGGCAAGGAAGCGGUGUUUUGUAAAAUGAUUGAAGAUCUGCAUCAAGAAGAUAUGAUCGAUGUCUUUCAAUUGGAAAAUGUAAUUAACCAAAUCAAGAAACACGUUAGCCAACGUCUCUCUGCAAUAGCAAACGUUGAAGAUGAUUUAAACCGUCAAAUGUGUUUGAUAAAGGACUUUUAUCUGUUGGGACGUGGUGAAUUUUACAUGGAGUUCUAUCGUCAGUUGACCGAAAACUCGGAAAGCCAUUUGGAGUCAACGGCCAAUUAUACCAGAUCUUUUGAGAUUGCAUCGAAUGUGAUGGGAAUUUCUGAUGAUUUGGAAAACUUUUCCCUAAGUGUGAUAAAAACUAGCAUCGAUUUAGAUGAGACCUGCGAAUUUGAGAAUUUUCAGAAUCUUCAUCUCAAAUACAUAUACAAGUGGCCAUUGAAUCUCUUAUUUUCACCAACAACUGUGGAACGAUAUAACACAGUGUUUCGGUUUCUAUUGAUUGUUCGGAAAUUGCAAUACGACUUGGAGCUCGUUUGGGCCAACCACAAAUGGGCUGGGAAAACACCAAAUCCAGUGAACGCUAAGAUAAUGCAUUUUCGUAAUCAUUUAAUGUUCUUUUUGAACAACUUGCAGUAUUACAUACAAGUCGAUGUUCUCGAAUGCCAGUUCAGUAUACUCAUGAAUGUUAUCAAAAGUAAAGCCGAUUUUGAAGAAAUUCAAAGGGCUCAUUCCGUUUUUCUGGCCAAUGUGCUUUCCCAAUGUUUUCUGUUGACGGAUGCAACCGACAAGAAACUGAAUACUACGCAAUCAACAUGCAAUUCACAAUAUCCCGUUUACGGAACAUUUCUGGAAAUCUUUAAUGUAUGCGAGAAAUUUUGUCUCUUGCAUUCCGGACAAAAUCUGCCUGAUGGGGCUUUAAAGGAAUGCGAUAGACUCGAGGAACGAUUUAACGUUUCCAUUUUGGGUUUAAUCAAAUUAUUGAACAACUUAAGGAGUGCAUCAAGUUUUGGACCGCUGUCGCAGCUUUUAUUAAGAUUGGAUUAUAAUCGUUGGUUUAGUGCCGAGAAAAAGAAAGCCAACGAAUCAUCAUAAUUUUCAGGACAUAGCACAUAAUAACGUUUGUAGCUUAAAGCUGUAAACGUUUAAUGUCCUCCAUGCGGAAAUCGAUUCUAGAGAAAUAAAAGAUUUUAAGUGUGAA